GAGGAGAGGGGUGUGAGGGAGAGAGAGAAAGCGGAAUAUUUCCACCCACCUAACAAGGAGACACACUCAUAAACAGGCGAGCAGACAGGGUGAGAGUCAGAUGGACACGAGCUCUCGGGGCAGAAGCAGUUCAAACAGAAACAGACUUUCAUUGAGGACUGAUGUUCUAUUAAAAGGGAGGACAAGUCACACAGAGACACUCCAACACGCUCGCUAAUAAACACUGAGACACUCAGUGAGCCACUGAGACGCAUAAGCAAGGACGGGCUUCACUACAAGUGCUGGCAUCAGAAUUAAAGAAGAGGUCCAGUAAGGACACACAGUGACUUCUUUAUCUCACACACACACGCACACGCACACACGGGUGCUGAGGGUAGUGUGAGGAGCAGGACUGUUCCAGCCCAACAAGUAGGAGCAUCACAGAGGAAGGAGCAAGCGAGUGGAUGGAUGACUUCUGCAGACUCAGUGGCCUGGACCCUCUGUGGGACUGGAACCGCACAUGGUACACAGCCAACCCAGAUUUGACCCAGUGUUUUCAGAACACCGUUCUUGUGUGGGUGCCCUGCGUCUACCUGUGGUUGCUGGCCCCCAUCUACUGCCUUCACCUUUACUGCCAUGACCAUGGACGCAUUCAAAUGUCCUCCCUUUGCGUCGCCAAGAUGGUGCUCGGGUUUCUGUUGGCCUCCUUCGGCUUUGUGGAGUUCUUCUACAUUCUACUGGAGAGGAGCCAGGAGAUAGAGCAGCACAUGGUCUUCCUCCUGGGCCCCAUCAUACGCAGCCUGACUGUGAUCCUGACGUUAUGCAUCAUCCAGUUGGAAAGAAUACGAGGUUGUCGCUCCUCCGUAUUCCUCUUCCUCUUUUGGGUUUUGGCUGUUGUUUGUUCCCUGGUGCCUCUCAGAGCAAAGAUCCAGCUGGCCCUGGAUGAGGGCAUUGCCUCUGAUAUCGUGCGAUAUCUGGCCUUCUUCUCCUACUUCGCCAUCCAAGUGGUCCAGCUUGUUUUGUGCUGCUUUGCCGAUCUACCUCCAGAGGGAAAAAAUAUCUUGGAAAAGAACCCUUGCCCUGUGAAAGAUGCUUCUUUUCUGUCCAAGAGCCUCUUCUGGUGGUUUACUGGACUUGCUGUGAAGGGAUAUCGCACUCCCCUGGCAGCAGAGGACCUGUGGACUUUGAGAGAGGAAGACACGUCACACAAAAUUAUCUCUGAGCUGCAAGACGACUGGACGGCCGAAUGUGCCAAAAUUCAAAAGCAGGAGAAGGCCUUGACGUCAGGUGUGGCACUGGGGAGCAGGUUGCCUGACCAAGCUCAGCUCCUCAGGAAGCUUCAUAAGGAGCAGAGCUCUGGCUUUUUUCUGUUCAGAACUCUGGCUCGCAAGUUUGGUCCGUACUUCCUUACCGGUACCAUGUGUAUUAUAUUCCACGAUGCCUUCAUGUUUGCCAUUCCCCAGGUGUUGAGUCUCCUCCUGGGCUUCAUGAAAGAUAAAGAUGCUCCCUUGUGGAAGGGCUACUUCUACGCCACUUUGAUGUUCCUGCUCUCAUGCCUCCAGUCCCUUUUCAACCACCAGUACAUGUACACCUGCUUCACAGUGGGAAUGAGGGUUAAGACAGCUGUUAUGGGCUUGGUUUACCGGAAGUCUUUGGUGAUAAACAGCGCCGCCAGGAGGACUUGCACUGUUGGAGAGAUUGUCAAUUUGGUUUCAGCGGACACCCAGAAGCUCAUGGACUUUGUGGUUUACUUCAACGCUGUGUGGCUUGCACCUAUAGAAAUCGCCCUGUGUCUCUUCUUCCUGUGGCAACACCUUGGACCAUCAGCAUUAGCAGGAAUCGCCACGGUCAUCCUCAUUUUUCCUCUGAAUGGACUGAUAGCAAAGAAAAGAAGCAAACUACAGGAGAUUCAAAUGAAUUUCAUGGACAGCCGCAUCAGACUAAUGAAUGAGAUCUUGAAUGGAAUAAAGAUUUUGAAGUUCUACGCCUGGGAAAAGGCAUUCUUGGAGCAGGUUCUGGGUUACAGAGAAAAAGAGCUAAAGGCCCUGAAGAAAUCCCAGAUCCUUUAUUCCAUCUCUAUUGCAUCUUUCAAUUCCUCGUCUUUUAUGAUUGCUUUUGCAAUGUUUGGCGUCUACGUGAUGCUCGAUGACAGAAACAUCCUGGAUGCUCAGAAGGUUUUUGUUUCCAUGGCGCUGAUCAACAUUCUGAAGACGCCACUUAGCCAGCUCCCAUUUGCAAUAAGCACAACCAUGCAGGCCGUGGUUUCCCUAAAGCGCCUGGGAAAGUAUCUGUGUUCAGAAGAACUCAAAGUGGACAACGUAUCAAAGGCUCCAAUGAGUUCUGACGGCGAGGAUGUAGUGAUUGAAAACGGAACUUUCAGCUGGUCCGCAGAGGGUCCUCCAUGUCUUAAAAAGAUCUCCGUCCGUGUGCCGCGGGGUUCCCUUGUGGCCGUGGUUGGACAUGUGGGCAGCGGAAAGUCCUCUUUAUUAUCCGCCAUGCUUGGAGAAACAGAGAAGAGAAGUGGCCAUGUCAGCAUGAAGGGUUGUACCGCAUACGUGCCCCAGCAGGCCUGGAUCCAGAAUGCUACGGUCCAAGACAAUAUCAUAUUUGGCCGUGAGAAGCUGAAGGCGUGGUACCAGAGUGUGUUGGAGGCCUGCGCCCUGCUGCCUGACCUCAGCAUCCUACCAGCUGGAGAUGCGACAGAAAUUGGAGAAAAGGGACUAAACCUCUCAGGUGGACAGAAGCAGAGGGUGAGCCUGGCCAGGGCUGUCUACAGAAAAGCUGAUAUAUACCUGCUGGAUGACCCACUGUCUGCUGUCGAUGCACACGUUGGUCAGCACAUCUUCGACAAAGUUAUCGGACCCAAAGGCGUGCUUCAAGACAAGACCCGUAUCUUGGUGACCCAUGGGAUGAGCUUCCUGCCGCAAGCUGACCUCAUCCUCGUCCUGGUGAACGGCGAAAUCACAGAGAGCGGCUCGUACCAGGAACUCCUCAGCCGCCGUGGAGCUUUUGCGGACUUCAUCCACACCUUCGCCAGUGCGGAGAGGAAAGAGAGCGCCAUACAAAGAGCUGGUUCCAGGAGGUCCAAUGCUCGUCUCAGCGUGGUUGAUUUCAUGCCAUUCUCCAGAGAUUUAUCUCAGGAGCAGCUCAUUGGGGGUGACACAACUAAUACAAACCUGCAGAAUAUGGAGCCUGUGUCUGAAACAGAGCAGGAACAAGUUUCAGAGGACCUCGGCAAGCUUACAGUGGUUGAUAAGGCCCGCACUGGAAGAGUGAGGCUGGAGAUGUACCAAAAGUACUUCAAGACCAUCGGCCUGGCCAUCAUCAUCCCCAUUGUCUUCCUGUACGCCUUUCAACAAGGAGCCUCGCUGGCCUACAACUACUGGCUCAGCAUGUGGGCCGAUGACCCAAUUGUUAACGGUACCCAGACUGACGCAGACCUGAAACUAGCCGUCUUUGGAGCACUGGGUUUCGUUCAAGGCAUUGCAAUCUUUGGGACAACUAUGGCAAUCUCCAUUUGCGGCAUCAUCGCCUCCCGCCACCUGCACAUGGACCUGCUUGUCAACGUGUUGCGUUCGCCCAUGUCUUUCUUCGAGUGCACUCCGAGCGGAAACUUGCUCAACCGCUUUGCCAAAGAGAUUGACGCCAUUGACUGCAUGGUGCCCGAGGGUCUGAAGAUGAUGCUGAGCUACGUCUUUAAACUCAUGGAGGUGUGCAUCAUUGUGAUGAUGGCAACACCCUUUGCAAUUGUGGUCAUCCUGCCUCUCGCGUUCCUCUACGCCUUUGUCCAGAGCUUCUACGUUGCCACAUCCUGUCAGUUGCGGAGGCUGGAAGCUGUGAGCCGCUCCCCCAUCUAUACCCACUUCAAUGAGACGGUGCAGGGCGCCAGCGUCAUCCGGGCCUUUGGCGAUCAGACCAGGUUUAUCCUACAGGCCAAUGACAGGGUAGACUUCAAUCAGACCUCUUACUUCCCGCGAUUUGUGGCCACUCGAUGGUUGGCAGUCAAUCUGGAGUUUGUUGGUAACGGAGUGGUGUUAGCAGCUGCCAUUCUUUCUGUAAUGGGAAAGAACACCCUGAGUCCGGGCAUAGUGGGUCUGGCUGUGUCACACUCCCUCCAGGUGACUGGAAUCCUGAGCUGGAUUGUUAGAUCCUGGACUGAUGUAGAAAACAACAUUGUUUCAGUGGAAAGAGUAAACGAGUAUGCUGACACUGCAAAAGAGGUUCGUGUUUCCACCACACACACACACAUUGUACAAAAAGGGUUUGGUUCAUUUUUUUCAAAUUUAAAAAUACACUAUACACCCAGUGACUUAUUCCCUUCUCUCGACGCUAUACAGGCCAGCUGGAGCCUAGAAGGCAGCUCUUUGCCUCUGGCCUGGCCCCAGACGGGCACUAUAGAGUUCCAGGACUACGGGCUUCAGUACCGCAAAGGUUUGGAGUUGGCGUUGAAAGGCAUUACCUUGCAGAUUCAUGAAAGAGAGAAAGUGGGUAUCGUUGGAAGGACGGGAGCUGGGAAAUCCUCACUUGCCCUGGGAAUAUUUAGAAUCUUGGAGGCAGCAAAGGGAAAGAUCUUUGUAGAUGGGGUGAACAUUGCCGACAUUGGACUUCAUGAUCUUCGAUCACGCAUUACUAUCAUUCCUCAGGACCCUGUGCUGUUCUCUGGCUCCCUGCGGAUGAACCUUGACCCCUUUGACACCUACACAGAUGAAGAAGUUUGGAGUUCGCUGGAGCUUGCUCACCUCAAGAACUUUGUGUCCAACCUGCCUGACAAACUCAACCAUGAAUGCUCAGAAGGAGGAGAGAACCUUAGUUUGGGUCAACGCCAACUUGUGUGCCUGGCAAGAGCUUUGCUGAGGAAAACCAAAAUCCUGGUUCUGGAUGAGGCAACAGCCGCCGUGGACCUGGAGACCGACACGCUGAUCCAGUCGACAAUCCGCACACAGUUUGAAGACUGCACUGUUCUUACCAUCGCUCACCGCCUGAACACCAUCAUGGAUUACACAAGAGUGAUCGUCAUGGACCGGGGCCACAUCUCUGAGAUGGACUCUCCAGCCAACCUAAUUGCACAGCAGGGACAGUUCUUCCGAAUGUGCCGGGAAGCCGGGCUGGUCUAGUUCUACGCUCCCGCGCAAACUUGGCACCUUUUUUAUUUUUGCAUGGCUUUUCAACAAAAGUUGAAUUAGCCCUUCCAAGCAUUGUGGCAGCUCAACCCAGGGCAUUGUGAUUGACUGUCCAGAGAUACUGCCGACAUUCGCGCCGAGUCUUAGGUUUCUUACACACGGGGGCACGCUGUCCACAGACGUUAACAUCAGAUUAUGAACAUUCAAACAAAGUUAUAGUGGGAUGCUGGAAGUGUGCAAGCUAUUAAUAACGUAUAAGAAGAAAGUGGAAUAUCUUUUUUUGCGAUUUGAGGAUGAAGCCAAAGCCUGGAAUGAAAGAGGACCAGAAAUUCUAAAGACUUUUAUUCCCUUUUUGAAUGGGAACAGUAUUAUUUUUGUAGUUUUCCAUGUGUUAUAAAACAAAACAUACAGUAUAUUUCAUGUUUUCUCAGGCUUUAACAUUGAUGUUUACUGUCACGUUCUCAGCCUCGAAUGACAGAGAAAAAAAAAACAGGUCACAGUAUUUGCAUUCAUGUACUGCAAAUACACGAUAGACUCUGACACACUGACCCCGCGGAGGGUUCAACCUGGCAAACGUGAGGGAAGUGAGGUUUUCAUAACCAUCAGAAAUGAGUUUGAAGCGACCAAUUUAGAAUAUUUAUAUGACAGAGAAUAGGAGCAAAACAAUAGUGCGAGCCAAGGCAUUCAGAGGCGGUUGUUUAUGUCAAAGUAAACACAUCAAGUCCAAAGAAACCGUCUUGGUUGGGUUUAAGUUGAUGCCUAUAUCUGAAAAACCACCAUGAAUGAGGAGAAUGUCUCUUCUAAACAAUAAUAAUAAAUCUUGGUGAGUGAUUGUCUCUCUGCCACCACCGCACAACUCAGGCCAUACAUAUACAGUAUAUAUAUAUAUAUAUAUAUAUAUACAGUAUAUACAGACAAUUCACUAUUCUAGUUUUUUGCUGAAGCUACAGUGUAAAUAGUCCUCAACGACCUUUAGCCUUGAUUCAAAGAAUUAUGUGAACUUUUCGUAGAGGAAAGUCAUAUACGGUUUUUGUCUUACUGGUUUAGACAAUAUAUUCAAGUAAAAACCAUGUAGUUUAUGUGGUAUUUCAAAAUUCUGAGGAUUGUAUUAUAUUUAUACUUUUUAUAACAAGCUAUUUCAGUUUUCACUGAUCAGUUUCUAUUAUUGUAUUGUAUUGUAUUGUUAUAUGGCGUACUGCCGGAUGGUAAUAAAUGUA